CAAAGACCGGAGCAUGGAGUCCGCUAACGUGUCGGCGAGUCUGUUUGGCAACGUGUCCUCCGUGCUACGGCCGGAGCCGCGCCUGUCCGCGGAGUCGCGCCUGCUGGGCUGGAAUGUUCCGCCAGAGGAGCUGCGUCACAUACCCGAGCACUGGCUUACGUACCCAGAGCCGCCCGAGUCGAUGAACUACCUGCUGGGCACUCUCUACAUAUUCUUCACGCUGAUGUCAAUGCUGGGCAAUGGGCUGGUCAUCUGGGUCUUCUCGGCAGCAAAGUCGCUGCGUACUCCCUCAAACAUACUGGUGAUCAACCUGGCCUUCUGCGACUUCAUGAUGAUGGUCAAAACGCCGAUAUUCAUAUACAACAGCUUCCACCAGGGCUAUGCCCUGGGGCACCUGGGGUGCCAGAUCUUCGGCAUCAUUGGCUCGUACACGGGCAUUGCGGCGGGUGCCACUAACGCCUUCAUAGCCUACGACCGCUUCAACGUUAUCACCCGACCCAUGGAGGGCAAGAUGACGCACGGCAAGGCCAUUGCCAUGAUCAUCUUCAUCUACAUGUAUGCCACCCCGUGGGUGGUGGCCUGCUACACGGAAACGUGGGGUCGCUUCGUGCCGGAGGGCUACCUGACCUCCUGCACCUUCGAUUAUCUGACCGACAACUUCGAUACCCGCCUCUUUGUGGGCUGCAUUUUCUUCUUCAGCUUCGUGUGCCCCACCACGAUGAUCACCUACUACUACUCCCAGAUUGUGGGCCACGUCUUUAGCCACGAGAAAGCCUUGAGGGAUCAGGCCAAGAAGAUGAACGUGGAUUCGCUGCGCUCGAAUGUGGACAAGAGCAAGGAGACGGCGGAAAUUAGGAUUGCCAAGGCGGCCAUCACGAUCUGCUUCCUGUUCUUCUGUUCCUGGACCCCCUACGGAGUGAUGUCGCUGAUUGGCGCCUUCGGGGACAAGAGUCUCCUGACCCCGGGCGCCACCAUGAUCCCAGCCUGCGCCUGCAAAAUGGUGGCCUGCAUCGAUCCCUUCGUCUAUGCCAUCAGCCAUCCCAGAUACCGCAUGGAACUGCAGAAGCGCUGUCCCUGGCUGGCGAUUAACGAGAAGGCACCGGAAUCGUCGGCCGUUGCCUCCACCAGCACCACGCAGGAGCAACAGCAGUCCACCGCCGCCUAAUAGAGUGGAAGCAGACCACCACCCAGACCGACCACGAUGAUGAUCUGAAUCGCCAACGAAAUCGUAAUACAAAAUGCCAAGGAAAAGCUGUAUAAAUAUUUAACAGAAUUCAACUACUGCUUCAAGUGUAACAAACGUUAUUUCCACUUAUAAUUUGUAGCGAUUUUUGUGUUUAUGAAUGAAAUAUAGUGAAAUUACUGCAUACCACA